AGAACAGGCAACGUCGGUGUUUUUUUCUUCUUUCUUUCAUAUAUUUCUUUCAUGUCAAAGUUACUCACACCAUUACGUCGGUCUAUCCUAUCAAAAUCACGUCCCCAUUGUCUUUAUAGGCGAUGGAUAAAUACACCUCCUGACAACAAUAGCGAAGCCUCGUCUUAUCAACAACCAAUAUACAAUGGACAUAUCCCCAUUUCCGGAAUAGAACGAACAGUACUAACGGUAGGCUCUGCUAUAACUGCUUUACGGGAUCCUUUACGUGGAGAUAUGGUGGCCACUUUGGGUGAAACCACAGGCAAGGUGUUUUUGAAACGUAUGCGAGACGGGAUGCUUUCUACAACAACAGGAAGACAGAUUCUCAGGGAACGACCUAGUAUCAAUACCAACACCCUUGAUUUUACUCUAUUACGACAAGAAUGUGAACCUGGGACAUUUGGUCAUGCUUAUAUUUCUUGGUUGGAUGAACAAGGGGUGACACCUGAUACCCGAUUACCUGUACAUUUCGUGGAUGAUGAAGAAUUAGCUUAUGUGAUGCAACGAUAUAGAGAAAUCCAUGAUUUCUUUCAUACACUAACAGGUCUUGGAGUGACAGUGGAAGAAGAAUUGGCUUUAAAAUGGUUUGAAUGGACACAUACUGGAUUACCAAUGACAAUGCUUUCUUCCAUCUUUGGACCUUUACGUUUAUCAUGGACUGAACGCUAUCGACUCUAUGGAACCUUUGUGCCUUGGGCUCUUCAAUGUGCUGCAUCUUGUUCUCCUUUGAUGAAUGUUUAUUAUGAACGUCACUUUUAUACUCCUCUCGAUCAAUUCCGUCAAGAAUUAGGUAUCAUCCCUGCUCCUCCUUUCCCUGCCACUGGACAAUCAUCAUCAUUAUAGUUAAUCAAAAUAUUCAUAGUAUUUAUCAUUAAUACAAUUCAUAUACAAAAUAAAACAAGAUAUCAAGCUGCCCUAGUGAUGUUUGCAAAUAUGAUAAAG